AUGAGUUUGAAAUUGAAUGAAAAGUCAAUUAUCGAGGAAGUAUUUGAAUCGAUUCCAAUUGACAACAUUGCAUUUGUUUGUCAUGAAUUCCCUCAAUACUAUCUAAAGAAUUUCAUAAAGUUUAUCAGUUAUAUCUUUGAAAGAAAGCCACAUUUAGAAUUCCAAAUGUCUUGGAUUCUCUAUUUGUUGACCUAUCACGGAAAGUUCUUCAAGACCAACAGUCUAGCAAUGAUCGAAUCACUUAGAAACCUUCAAAAAUGUAUAGCUCAAAACUAUAAUAAUUUAUCUCAAGUAUGUGAUGAUAAUAAAUAUACAUUGGAUUAUUUCGAACAAAUAUCGAUAUUCAACAUAGAAAAACAAGAAGUCAAUGUCAAGGUUGAAAAAGAAGAACCAACUACUGAUAGUGAAGAGGAAGAAAAUGAAGAGGAUGGUGAAGAAGAGGAAGAGGAAGAGGAAGAAGAACAACAACAACCAUUGAGAAAUAAGAAGAUAAAAUCAAAUAAAAAUUGA